AUGGUGUACCUGAAGUUCUGCGUUUUGUGUCUGGUUUUCUCUGUGGCUUCGGCGGAGGGUAAGGACCCUCCGGUCGUCACCACGAGCCAGGGUCGCAUCCUCGGCACGAGGCUCGAGUUCAGCCCCACCGACCCCGCGCUUCGCCGGAGCGUGGACGCCUACCUCGGCAUACCGUACGCUGAGGCUCCCGUCGGCCCGCUGCGCUUCAAACCUCCCGUCGCUAAGUCAUGGAGCGGGGAGCUUCAGGCCACCAAGCUGGGCAACCGCUGCCCUCAGCCCCACUUCUUCCCCACCAUAAACCCUCCAAACGCAGCCGUUCUUGUCUUCAUUCAUGGCGGUGGCUUCAUCGUAGGAGCUGGUGUCAUGGGGGAUGUUUACCCGAUUGCCACUGCUGCUGUUGGUGAUGUGAUUGUCGUAACACUGAACUAUCGACUCGGGGCUCUCGGCUUUCUUUCAACAAAUGAUGACGUCAUCGCAGGUAACAUGGGACUUUUGGAUCAGCGUCUAGCCCUGGAAUGGGUGAGAGACAACAUCAAAGCUUUCGGCGGUGAUCCAUCACGAGUGGCCAUCUUCGGUGAGAGUGCAGGGGCAGCUAGCGUGGGUUUGCACAUGGUGUCACCAGACAGUGGAGGUCUCUAUCGGGGUGCCAUCUUAGAGAGCGGUGACGCGGUUGCCCCAUGGGCGACCGUUCCGGCCAGCGAGGCAACCAAUCGAGCCUUCACUUUUGGAAAGCUGGUCGGCUGCGAACGACAAACGUCAGCAGCGUUGCUGGAAUGUCUGCAGCAGUUGGAGGGAUUUGACAAGAUCAUCGAAAACCAAUAUGAGAAGUUACUCGCAGAAUUAGGAGGGCAUAUGUUACAGUUGACCUUUGCCCCCGUUGUUGAUGGCAAGGUCAUUCCUGCUGACCCCAAUGACCUUAACGAGCAGGGUGCCAUCAACGAUGCAGUUUCUAUCAUCGGGGCUCUCGCAGAUGAGGGUCUGCUUAUGGUCGCACCUGCCUUCCCAAACUGCACCAACGAAGCGCCGUUUGUUGACAGCAACACCUACGAUACCCACGCGAAAAUUAAACUCUCUUUCUUGGUAAGCCCCGAGCCAAUCGUCGCAGACUUCACCAAAAUGAUUUACACUGACGCUACCUGCGCGGGUGCACCGGACUGCGACUAUCUUCAAAGCCUCUCGCAGGUUAUCGGCGACGCCAUGUUCGUCUGUCCUGGGGUGAAAACGGCCAAGGCCUUCGCCAAGGCGGGCCGUAAGGUCUACCACUACCACAUGCGUCACGUCCCCACUACGCCCAUGCUGGGCAAUAAGUGGACCAAGGCGACUCACGGUGACGAUCUCAUUUUCGUCUUUGGUCUGCCUCUCAUCCCUUCUGCAAACUGGUCGUUCACCGAGGAUGAAGCCCGGAUGUCGAUCCGGACCAUCAAGUACUGGGCGAACCUAGCUAAAACUGGCAACCCUAAUCUGUCUUCCCUAGAUGACGAGCGGGGGGAGGGGGAGAAGCUGCCGGAAUGGCCGUUGUUUACCCUCGAGGAAAUGGCCUACAAAGACCUGUCACCAUCCAUGGGGAAUGGGCGUGGCAUCAAGGCUAAAGAGUGCCUCAUGUGGAACGAGUUCAUACCAAAACUCGUUCACAUUGCUGAGGAAGCCAAAAAGUGCCAAGAGGCCAAAAACGUAAAAGAGGAUAAGGGCGGUAUCGUUCCAGACGGCACAUGCACAAAGAAGACCUGCUCCGAGGAAUAUAGGAAUGAUGAAUCGACCAAGUAUGGGGUUGGGCCAGAUGAACCUUAA